AUGGGGGGCAGCGCCCGGAACCCGGGAGUCCUACAAAGAGACGACUCCCCCAGCCAGUCUCCGUACCAGCGCUUAAGCCAAAGGAUGCUGGACAUUUCGGGGGACCGGGGCGUGCUGAAGGAUGUCAUUCGAGAGGGAGCUGGAGAGCUGGUGACACCGGACGCUUCCGUGCUCGUGAAAUAUUCUGGAUAUCUGGAGCACAUGGACAAGCCUUUUGAUUCUAAUUGCUUUAGGAAAACUCCUCGGCUCAUGAAACUUGGAGAAGAUAUCACACUGUGGGGCAUGGAGCUGGGCCUUCUGAGCAUGCGGAGAGGGGAGCUGGCCAGGUUCCUGUUCAAACCCACCUAUGCCUAUGGAACGCUGGGCUGCCCUCCCCUGAUCCCCCCAAACACCACCGUCUUAUUUGAGAUCGAGUUGCUUGACUUCCUGGACUCUGCUGAGUCGGACAAGUUUUGUGCCCUCUCGGCGGAGCAACAGGGUCAGUUUCCACUUCAGAAGGUCCUAAAGGUGGCAGCUACUGAACGAGAGUUUGGCAACUACCUUUUCCGCCAAAAUCGUUUCUAUGAUGCCAAAACGAGAUAUAAACGGGCCUUGAUGCUCCUCCACCGGCGAGCAGCGCCCGCUGAAGAGCGGCACUUGGUGGAGACCGCCAAGCUGCUCGUUUUCCUCAAUCUGUCCUUUACGUACCUGAAGCUGGAGCGCCCCACCAUGGCCCUGCGCUACGGAGAGCAGGCUCUGAUCAUUGACCAAAAGAAUGCCAAGGCCCUCUUCCGCUGUGGACAGGCUUGUCUCCUUAUGACUGAGUACCAGAAGGCCCGGGAUUUUCUGGUCCGAGCCCAGAGGGAGCAGCCCUUCAAUCACGACAUCAAUAACGAGCUGAAGAAACUGGCCAGCUACUAUAGGGACUACAUGGACAAAGAGAGAGAAAUGUGUCACCGGAUGUUUGCUCCUGGUGACAAUGGCUCUACAAUAGGAGAAAACUAAAGAUUUCGCAGCUAAUGACAAGCGAGAGAAGCGAGGCUGCCCAGAGUUCUCCAUCGUUAUGGGAGGUGGGCAGAGCGCUUUCUGGAAGAAUCUCCUCAGCGCAGACUGUGCCUGACCUGCUUGGAAGAGGGGCUGAGUGUCUGCAGCCCAAGGCCACAGCCACGGCCCCGUCUGCGACUGAUGCUGCUGAAGUGUUUUCACAGCUGCUGCUUUCUGUUUCUCGUUUUCAUGCAGAGGAGGUGAAAGGGUAGCUACUGACAAGUAGGAGAAUGCUAUUUUUUAAGGCAAUUGCUUGUUUUUUCAAAUAGAAUUAGUCCUUGGCUUUUCUCCAGUCCCAGCCCCCUUCCUGCUGCUCGUGUCCCUGGGUGAAUAC